CCGCGGGUCUGUGACAACCCGACCCGCUGUCCACGUUCUCCGUUCCUUUCGUCUCGAAUUUAAAUUUCACACUUUUGUAGAAUUGUAUCUCGAUCACAGUCAUGGUUCGAAGACUAUAUUUAAGAAUACUGAAACAUUCAAAUCAGAACAUUCAGAAUCAGCUACAAAGACACCAUUUUUUUCAGUCUCGUGCCAUCUGCGUAGAUGGCAAAAUCUACAAUUUUCAAGAUGCGCGCCACCCGUUUGAUAAAAAGCCUAAAAGAGACCAAGAUGAUAAAAAUCCCCUGCUAUUUGAGUACUCGAUCAGUAAUAUGAAUGCAGAGGUUCUAAAUCUGUUUACCAAUAUCCAUCGCUUUGGUUGCUUGAUAAACGAGUGCAGCCUUUCUUGUGUGCUUAAAUCUUGCGGUUGCUUGUCUAACCAAUUUUUGGGAAAACAAGCUCACUGCCACUGUACGAAAAGUGGGUUUCUGGAGGAUGUCAGUGUAGGGACAUCACUUAUAGACAUGUACAUGAAGACGGGGAGUAUCAUUGAUGGGGAGAGAGUGUUUGAUGAGAUGGGCGGGACGAACGUUGUAACAUGGACUACUUUGAUUGCUGGUUACUCCAGCAAUGGGUUGAUUGAUAUAUCACUACAAGCUUUCAAAACGAUGCAAAUGGAAGGGAUUAAGCCCAACUCCUUUACCUUUGCGACAGUCUUUGGAGCUUUGGCAGGUGAUGACAUCCCUGAAAAGGGGUUUCAACUUCAUGCAUUGGCUAUCAAGUGUGGUUUUGAUGCAACGUUGUUUGUGGGAAAUUCACUAAUUAGUUUAUAUUCGAGGUCAGGGAUGGUUGAAGAGGCUAAGGCUGUGUUUGGCAAGAUGGAGUUUCGGAGUGAAGUUUCAUGGAAUGCCAUGAUUACUGGCCUUGUGAGUAACAGGCAUGAUUUUGAAGCUCUUGAAUUGUUCCACUGGAUGAGGGUCUCACCUGUCAAGCAGACUCGGGCCACUUACCUUGCAAUUAUUAAAUUAUGCUCGAACCUUAAAGAAUCUGAUCUAGCAAGACAAAUUCACUGUUGGGUUAUGAAGAGUGAAUUCGGAUCGGUUGAAAAUAUCAGAACGGCUCUGAUGGGGUGUUACACUAAGUGUGGUGAUAUGGAUGAUGCCUUCAAAUUGUUUUCUUCCACUAUAAAUAGGAACGUGAUAUCCUGGACAGCAAUUAUUGGAGGGUACCUGAGGAAUAAUUGCAGAGCAGAGGAAGCAGCAAAUCUUUUUUGUCAAAUGAGAAAGGAGAAUGUCAAACCGAACCAUUUCACCUAUUCAACCAUCCUUUCAGCUUAUCCUGUGAUCUGUGUCUCUCAAUUACAUGGCGAGAUUGUCAAGACCAAUCACGAAAACUCACCCACAGUAGGGACCGCAUUGUUAGAUGCAUAUGUUAAGACAGGGUGUAUUCAUGAUGCUUCAAAAGUGUUUGAAACAAUUCAUGAGAAGGACAUAGUUGCUUGGUCUGCAAUGGUAGCUGGUUAUGCCCAAGAUGGAGAUACCGAGAGGGCUGUAAAAGUGUUCAGCCAAUUGGCAAAGGAAGGGGUACUCCCAAACGAGUUUACCUUCUCUAGUGUCAUUAACGCAUGCGUUACGUCAGCAUCUGCUGUGGAACAAGGAAAGCAGUUUCAUGGGUCUUCAAUUAAAUUUGGAUACAAUAAUGCUCUGUGCGUGAGUUGCGCCCUCGUCACCAUGUACGCCAAAAAAGGUAGUAUAGAAAGCGCAAAUGUGGUUUUCCAAAGGCAGAAGGACAGAGACUUGGUAUCAUGGAACUCUAUGAUCACAGGAUAUGCACACCAUGGUUAUGCACCAAAAGCGUUGCAGAUAUUUGAAGAAAUGAGGAGCAAGAACAUGGAAAUGGACGUCGUAACAUUCAUUGGUGUCAUUUCUGCAUGUACCCAUACAGGUCUAGUUAGUGAAGGUGAGAAGUAUUUUGACUUUAUGGUAAAAGACCUGCAAAUCCCCCCAUCUAUGGAAAUCUACUCAUGCAUGGUGGAUCUGUACAGCCGAGCUGGAAAGAUGGAGAAAGCCACGUCUCUAAUCGACCGGAUGCCCUUCCCAGCCAGCGCUACGGUGUGGCGUACCAUUUUAGCAGCAUGUCGGGUCCAACGGAACAUGGAGUUAGGGAAACUUGCAGCUGAUAAGCUAAUAUCCCUUCAUCCUCAGGACUCUGCAGCAUAUGUGUUGCUCUCCAAUCUAUAUGCUGCGAGUGGGAACUGGCAAGAAAGGGAUAGAGUGAGAAAGAUGAUGGAAGAAAGAGGAGUCAAGAAAGAAACUGGGUACAGUUGGAUUGAGAUAAAAAACAAGACGUACACAUUCACAGCAGGUGAUGGUAACCAUCCCUUGUCAAAUAGUAUACAUAUGAAACUUGAAGAGUUGAGCUUCCGGUUAAGGGAAGCCGGAUACGAACCGGAUACGAGUUACGUACUUCAUGAUGUGGAAGAUGAGCACAAAGCAGCGAUUCUUUCACGUCACAGUGAAAGGUUGGCUAUUGCCUUCGGGUUGAUUGCCACGUCUCCUGGCAUUCCCAUCCAGAUUGUUAAGAAUCUCAGAGUGUGUGGUGACUGUCACACGGUGAUUAAGCUAAUAUCCAAGAUUGAAGGUAGGGAGAUUAUUGUCAGGGAUUCAAAUAGAUUCCAUCAUUUCAAAGGUGCACUGUGCUCUUGUGGGGAUUACUGGUAAUCUGUUUCUUUUGCCAGUUAAUGGAAACACUCUCAUGGUUGACAUCAACAGACUAACAUAUUUUUUUGGGAAUGCAUUAUGUUGAGUAUCCCACAUUGGUUGUUUACUCUCUCUCUGUAUGUGAGUUGGCAGUGGCACAGCCAAGGGCUCAAAUGGGUUGGGCCGGUACAAAGAUUUUUUACACUAAUAUUUUAACUUUUUUAAUUUGGGCUGGGCUGGGGCCUAGUAUGCCCCCCUACUUCUGCCCAUGGUUGUUGGGUACUUGGCCCAACAAUUUCCACAUGUGCCCGGGAUGAAGGGCCGGACGGUCAAGGAGGAAAGCAACCCCACAAGCAGCGGCAGGAUAGUGACUGUUUGCACUUUGCACACCAAGGUCAGACGCUCAGCCCAAAAUGAAUGCAGGUCUGGCUUAAGAUGUCAAAGUGGGCCUCCGUCCAGCUAUCCAUGUCGUCCAGGAGAUGUCAACCCCAGCACUAGCACCUGCAGCGCAGGCAGUACAUGGACAGUUGGCCUAGGGGAUCACACCAAUGGAAGCACUAGGUAGACUUGUCAGAGGACAUGCAGUGCAGAGGAAGGACAAGUGUUGCUGUAUAGAUACCACCCCCUCUGGGGAAAGGGUUAGAUUUGUAUUCAGAGCAAUAACAAUUGAACAGCAUAAUAGCAACAUUGAUAGAAGAAACUGUGAGACUUGUUGAAUUAGAGGACAUGUGUACAUCGAUAGAACUGUGAGCCCUGUUGAGGGGGAUUAUUUUUGUAAUCUAGUUGUUGUAUUAAUCUUGAGGUCUUUCUUACAGGCUGGUUAUUGAUACAAGGGGGUUCAUAUCA